AUGGUUGUUAUGUCAGGGCAGUUCACAGAAGAUAUGAUUCCUACAGUAGGCUUCAAUAUGAGAAAAAUAACAAAAGGAAACGUUACCAUAAAGGUAUGGGACAUUGGAGGGCAGCCAAGGUUUCGAAGCAUGUGGGAGCGUUAUUGCAGAGGAGUCAAUGCAGUUGUUUACAUGGUGGAUGCAGCAGACAUAGAAAAAGUAGAAGCUUCAAAGAAUGAGCUACACAGUUUGAUAGAUAAGCCACAAUUGCAUGGAAUUCCAGUGUUAGUCCUUGGAAAUAAAAGAGACCUCCCAGGUGCACUGGAUGAAAAGCAGUUAAUUGAGAAAUUAAACCUUUCAGCUAUUCAAGACAGAGAAAUCUGUUGUUAUUCUAUUUCGUGUAAAGAGAAGGAUAACAUUGACAUAACAUUACAAUGGCUUAUUCAGCACUCCAAAUCAAGACACUGUUGA